AACCUGUAAUUGUAAUUAAUUAAAUUAUUUAUUUAUUAUACGUAUGCCUCAUCAGAACGUGUUAACAUUCUCAUCAAAAACUGAAUGUAAAACGCAAUUUUCCUUCGGUAAAAUCAUAAUAAAGGUAAAAAAAUGUCAACCCGUUCGAAACGUUCCUCAACGGCCACUACGAGUAACAGAGGACGUAGCUUACGCAAGCAGAAACUCAUCGAGGAUAGCAUCGACUCUAUGUGCCGGGUGUGUAUGCGGUGGAAUUCGAAUCCGAUGAUGGUUGAUCUGUUCGAUCGAGCGGUCCAGGACACGAAGCUGUCCGAAGUGCUUUCGCUCGUCGGAGCAGUGCAGAUCUCCCAGGACGAUCAGUUGCCGAAGCUGUGCUGUACGCGAUGCUUGAAGGACCUAGAACGAGCUUACAAGCUGAGAAUGGUCUGCCAGGAUUCGGAUCGGAAACUUCGAGAUUUGUUUUCCGAUGUGGAAGUUGCGGUGGUGAAGGAAGAGUUCCAUACUGAUGAGAUGAAUCCACUGGAAGUUGUUUGUAACCCGGAUGUGGAUAGAUUGUUGGAUGAUGAGAAAGAGGCUGGUCCCUCGGAGAAUAUUGUUCAGCCGAAACUUGAGAUUGAAGCGGAUGAGGAUGUAGCAGAUUGGAAUGAGAUGGCGGAUGAUGGUGCUGCGCUCGAAGACAAGGAACCGGAAGAACAGCCGGAGGAAAAAAUUAAACGCGAGUCUAAAAAGUUUAAAUAUCCUGAUGUUUUCGACGAGAUUCCUGCCGUUGGUUUUAGAUGCUGCGGAUGCAAGAAAAUUGUCCAUACGUUCGAAGAAUUGCUCACUCAUAGCCAGGUAGCUCAUGCGGAUAAAAAGCAAUCGACAUUACAGUUGCUACAAAAGAUGCAGUGCGAUAUCUGUUAUAAGGUGUUGUCCCAUCCGACUACCUUGGAAAAGCAUAAGAGCUUGGGGAAGGUAAAUUUUCGCUGUCAAUCGUGUGGAGAUCUUUUCUGGAGCCGGAGGCGAGCUUAUGACCAUUUCAAGCGAAUACAUGGUCCGAAUCCUACGGUUUCAGGUCCUUCGCGGAUUUGCUGCGCAUGUUUGGAAAAGUUUGAAACUGAACAACAGCUCAAAGAACAUUCCGAGGCGGUACAUCUUCCGAAGAAGCCCCCACCGGAUUCCAGCCGUCCAUUUAUUUGCAAUAUUUGCUACCGUAGCUACAAAUCCGAUACAGACCUGUACGCUCACCAAACCAGAAUGAUCAAGCGCAGCAAGAACCACAUGUGCGUCGAAUGUGGCAAAACCUUCAUGCAUCCGAGUUUACUGCGAGAUCAUGAAAUCUAUCACUCCGGGGAGAAGGUGUUCCAAUGUCCGCAUUGUCCGGCAUCGUACAGCAAUAAGGAAAGCUACCGCAAGCACAUACAAAGCCAUGUGAUGCCAGCGGACAAAUUCAAGUGCAAAAUCUGUGGCCGCUGUUACAGGAAUCCUCGGGGCCUUCAAGAACAUGUUCGCCUUCACACCGGAGAACGUCCCCAUCAGUGUACCCUUUGCCCGGCGAAUUAUGCGCGACUAUCUUCUUUCAAAAUUCACCUGCUGACCCAUAGUGGUGAAAGAAAUUUUCAAUGUCCUUUGUGUGAGAAGCGAUUCGGAACGGUCUCAGCGUGCCAAAAUCACGUUGAAUUCGUUCACCAUAAGCUAAAACCGUUCCCGUGCUUUUUCUGCCCAAAGCGCUACCCACGGAAGGACUACCGCAAGAGGCACAUGGUUAGUGCCCAUCCGAACGAACUACGCGACAAUCCUGUACCGGAGAUUGAACUCUUUGGCAGUUCACAAUGGCAGCGAAAACAAUCGCAAUAAUGUACAACCAAAUUAAACGUA